AUGCCUAGUCGUGCAGUUCUUCGGAAAAAAAACCGACGUGAGUCGAAGCGGCGUCGGCUCGAGGUUGAGGGGGCGGCUGUUGCCUUUUCGUUGCCCAGGAGUGAAGUAUUGCAGGCCCAUGCGCCUCAGCAGGUGGAAGACACGGGAGUAAUGGAGAAGAGAGCAGCGGCGGUGAACAGGAAACGUCCCCGCGAAACUGCGGUUGUAGUGGCGCCUGCAGAGGCGGUGGAGUCCACGGAGGGGAUGACCCGCAAGGAGCGGAAACGGUUUGAGUCAAAACAGCGCUUCGAACGGCAGCUCGCUAGGGUCAACGCGGCUGUGGCGAAGGAGGAGGGCACCACCUCAACUACGGCUGCCGCGACGGCGCAGGUUGUCGGAGCGGAGGCCAAUAGUUUGUCCCCUACGCAGGGCGAAAAGCUACGACACGAUCCAAAGUUUAAAAAUGGCACCUUUUGGCGUACGCGAAAAGAGCGACGGGGAAGGACGGUCUUUCUUGGCAACAUGCCUGCAAGGUUUACUGCACAGGAUGUCACUGACUUUGUGAGCUCCAUUCUUGACGCGUAUUAUGUGCGGAGCGAGGAAGGCGUGAAUGGGACGAAAACGGAAGGUGAUGAGGGCAGUGGAGGCGUUGACCUUGUGGAUUCGGUGGAUUUUCUUCCAACUAAGCCGCGGGCGAAGCACCGCCACAUGUUCGUUACGCUCCAGUCGAAGGAGGUUGCGGACCGUGUUGUUAGGCUUCUGGAUGCGUACACGUUGGAGGGUGCAGCCGUGCGAUGUAACUUUGCCUCUGACAAGACGCAGCGAGGCGAAGCCAUCCGUUGCCGAACGGCUGCCUCUCUUCAUUCUUAA